CAGAAGAUAACCGCCAUUUGUGAAUUGUGCUCAGUGCCGCUUGUACCUGAUGUUACAGGCGAUGUGCCCUACAUCUGGACGAGUGGUCGCCUCUGUGACUUCAAGGGAUGCGAGAACCGACGCGAUCUGGAACCAAAGAACAUCUAUGGCUGGUUCUGGUCAGCCACCCGCCAGAAGAUGGCUCCUACCAACCAGGUUCCCAACGGUUUCGGCUUCAAUCCCUGGAGCCAGACCGGCCACAAGAAGGUCCGUCAGCCCGACAACGCAGAGUUUGACAUCAACGGAACGAACGAGUCCUGUCUCGCCGUGCUUAACAACGUGUACAGCGACGGGAUCGCCUGGCACGACGUCGCGUGCUACCACGAGAAGCCCUUCAUCUGCGAGGACAGCGAUGAGCUCCUCAACUACGUGGCUGCCACCAACAGAGGAAUCAGACUCUAAUUACAUUCUCUUAACGUAUCAUAUCAUAUUUAUUGUCUGCAGAAAUUUCGGUUCAUUGCACAUAAAGCGGAGUACAUCUGGUACUUGUCGCUUUGUAAUACGUAUUCUUCAAAAUUGUAUCAUUUUAUUUAAGUAAUUAUCGUAGUUUUACUUUGGUACUUUCGUACCAAGCAAGAAAUAAUAAAUAACAACCACAAUAACAUGUAAAACUUACAAGUCAUCAAGUAUGUAUCAUGUUUUGUUUCUCUAAAGUCAAGAAACCUAAGUUAAUUUCAUCAUUAACCCUUAAAACCACAAUGUUUUUUGCACGAACAAAGUGUUUUAAUAUUUUAAAUAAACUCUGCACAUUUCCCCCCGCAGAGUAUUUAUGUGUUUCGUAUGAUUAUGACAAU